GUCGAGCAUGAACCGAUAGGGCAGAGCAUAUAUUACAUACCCACCCCGUUAUCCCAUGCCCCAAGCCUGGCGCGCCUCACUCUGCCGCCCUCUGUCGCCCUACUUGCGCUUCCCACCACUGCACACCUCGGCCGCCGGCGCCAGCAGCUGUGUCUCCCCCCCACGGCCACUGCACCGUUUGUUCUCGGCCUCCGGACUGUAUUUCCUGUCCUGAUUAUAUAUCGCCGCCCUUGCUUUCACUCCUGCGCCCCUCCCCUCCCCACCGUGUGCCCACUCCCUUGUCCUUCAGACGCGCCAACAUCCACCACGCUCCACCAUGCCUUUCCUACAGACCCUCAACGACCUCAAGGACUUCACAAACAGCAUCAAUCCUCUCAACUUCCUCAGUCCAGACCACCAGCCGUCUCCCACACCUCCUCCAGCCUCUCCCGCCCGACCCGCUGCUCCACCCGACCAAUCCGAAGCAGGUCCCGGCCCCUCAUCCCUCGCGUCGCGCAACUCAGCCGCAGUCAAUCAACGUUCCAUAUAUUCUUCUCCCGCAGAGUCUCCCCGCCCCUCUCCCAAGCACUCCAGUUCUUCCUCCUUGCCUCCCUCUUCAGAUUCUGCAGAGAGUGUCCCGAUAACCAGGGGUGCCGGCGCAGCCAAUGCCACUGGCCGAAGGAAAAGUUCGGGCACCAGCGUCAUGAUAGCAGAGCCAGAAGUGACCAACAUGGCAAGAGGCAGACAGAAAAGGACGCCCAGUGUGGCCAGCGGCACCAGUGGACUCGGUGACGAUGGUCUCAGCGAUCGUCGAGGGAAGAAGAACCCGCCGGAUACAUAUAUCAUUGUCAAGCCUCCCCCCGCAACAGCAAAGAACCCAUUAAAUCUACAAAUACAGCUAGUUGUGAAGCGCAAUCGCCGAGAACGAGGAAUAUCGACAUCGUCCAACUACUCAUCCUUGGGAAGUUCUCCUGCCGACGACCGUGAUGUGAAAUCACAACCUCCGGCCACACCGAACCUUCCGACGUCUGUUCCCAUGUUACCCUCCGCGUCCAUGACAGGUAGAUCGUCCUCGUUACCAGCGUCUGCAGCUACUUCAGAUGUUUCCGACGAGGAUGUCUCCGUCAAACGAUCAUCAUCCAUUAGGUCAGGCAUGUCGAACGCCACAAGUAGUACCGGCAGUGGUAUGUCUGGCAAGCGUAUCGAACCAAUGUUUAAUCUGGCUGUGCACAAUGUGGUUCAUCCAACAGUUGUUACGGAUGCUGCGACAGACGUAAAGGUCGCCAAGUUUCACAAGCGCGUCGUGGACGUUUCCGGUGUCGGCAUUGUCGAGCCCUCUGAAAUCCACCUCCCUUCCGCCUCCAAUCAUCUGUACCCGACCAUUUCACGGGUAACAUCACAUGUUACAUCCGACGGCGAAUCACUGCAAACGCCUUCUACGAAAGCCCGCCCUCUAUCUACUGCAUCCUUUAGCCCUUCCCUUUCGCCUGUGAACACUGCUCACCAAGAAGAAGGUCGAGGUAUUCGAUCGAGUCUUGAAUUAAAAGGUUUCCGACUGGAUAGUCUUCGGCAUCAAAAGCCCGACUCGGGUGACAGCAAUGCGAAAAAGUUGUUUGGCAAAAUUUUCAAAAAGAAGAAGAAUGGAGAAAGAGCCGAAGACGUGGCCAUCAACAUGAGUCGGUCUGGAUCGACCUCGUCCAUCGAUCCAAAGAGUACUUCAAGUAUACCCCAGGACGCAGCGUCCACCAACGGGUCAACUGCGGCGGGCAGGGCAAGUAUCAGUACAGCCUCUGACUUUCACCACCCCACGCCGUCCGCUAUUGGCUACCCAACUUUUGGGACGUCGCCAACCAUUGUCGUUCGUCAGCCUCCUUCCGUCGCGCAAGAAUCUCGUUUGAAGCCCGAACUUUAUUCUCCUACUGAAAAACACCAUACCAAUUCAUCUUCAGCAGUAUCUUCGCGUUCUCGACCCAUCGGUUACAAUUGGACAGUCCGCCGUUGGGCGCGACGCAAUUCGGAAGGGUGGGCGGCCCACCUUGUGGCGGCCGCUGCUGCGGGGCUCGAAUUGGUUGGCGCUGCAGAGAUGGCUGGCGAGAAUGAAGUCCAGUUUGAGUGGGUGAAAGGCGUCUCUGAGCCUGAUGAGAAACCGAGACAGAGGACGUUGGGCGUUGGAAAGCCAGGGAUUAGUCCGGGACCGCCAAAGGGACGGGCCGUCUCCGCUCCUGGACGUAGUAUAUCGAGUGAAACAGGUCCUAAAUCGUCAAGGAGGAUAGCAUCUCCGAUGCCUUCAACUCCCUCCUCUCCUGCUCCUUCAAGACCCCCUUCUCCAUCACUCGAUAGCCGACCCGAGCCCGUCCGGCGAGUGUCAGCAGCCGCAUCUACAUCGUCUUCGGCAGCUUCAUCAAAGGGAGUCCCAAGCGUCGCUGUUGACAGUGCAGUGGCCGGCGGUGACACAACUGCAGAGGAAGGCGAUAGUUCUGAAACGGAGGACAGUGAGACCCCUUGGUCGUGUUGGGUCUGGGUGAAAAACACUGGUCAGAGGCAGUUGCUCGGCACGCUUACACCAGCGCCACACCACCCCAAAGUCGUUGCCGUGCUCAAGAUCCCCAUGAGUCUUGAUCCCGUUUCGCUCACAGAUAUCAAGGGGCCCGUCGUGGACGCGAAUGGCGAGCAGGGGCACCAGACGGCGAUGGCGAUGAAAAAGAUCAAGGAAAAUGUGGCUCUCACAGAGGAAAAUUUAAAAGACAUGAUCUGCGUCACCGCGCUGUGGUUGGUAGCCAGGGAAGAGUAUGGAGGUCUGGGAAGAGUUGGUGGUGGAAGGAGAAGAAGGGGAAGGAGACUCGCAUAAACAAGUGUAAAACUAAAGCGUUCUUUUAUAAUAAUAAUUCAAGGUCCCGGCAUUAGCUCUUCUCAGUAAUUUCUGUAUAUUUAUCGACAUUCCCACAUUGACCAAAGUAUUAUUCAAAGUAUUAUUACUACUGUAUAUUACGACAAUUAUAC